CUCCUCCAUGCUUUGCCCCUGCAGUCCAAGGAGAGCAAAGAUAGUCCAGUUGCCCCUCACUACUUUGGUGUAGCUGUUUGAUGUAGAUUUUUUUGGCUUAACGGAAUGAUCGAGUUCCUGGACGAAGACUCUACUUUCGCAUCUUUUGAGGGUGUCUACUUCAUGCUGGUGGCUAGCUUUGGGAUUCCAGCCAAUCUGCUCUCUGUGGUGGUUCUCUGUGGCCAGCGCUGUGGCAUGUCACGCAGCACCGUCACCUACCUGGUGUCACUGGCUGUGGUGGACACGCUCUUCCUGCUGCUGGGGGGGCUGGUGGCCGUGAGCUUCAGGUGGGUGCUGCCGGAUGAGCGCCGCCCCCUGGCCAGCACUGCCCUCUGCGGCGUGGUGAACUUCAGCGAGGGCUGGACGCUGUGCAGCUCGCAGUGGAUCGUGGCCGCCUUCACGCUGGAGCGCUACCUGCUCUUCCGCGGCCGCUGCCUCCGUCGGCCCCUGCUGCCCCGCUCGCGUCCACGCUGUCGCCCCUCCCGGCCACAGGUGGCGCUGCUGCUCGUGCUGGUGUCGGUGCUGGGCUCUCAGGUGCUCAGCUUGCCCUUCUGCUGGCUGAACCGGGCCUGGCCUGGAGGGGGCGAAGCCGAGUCAGGUCCCACCUUUACCUUGAUGAAGGAAAACCGCACGCAGGCCACGCUGUCGUCGCAGUGCAAGGCACUGUCAGGCCCCCAGGACUCCGCCUUCCUGUGGCUCCACGCAGUGCUGGCCGGCUUCCUGCCCAUGAGUCUCACGCUCUCCUUCAGCGUCCUCGUGUCCCACCAUUUUCGUCGCCGCGCCCGCAUCCUUGCCGCUCCUGAUAACGCGGCGCCCAUUAGGUCCACGGGCUCACGGAUGCAGCGUUCUGGACAGAUCCAAGCAACGGUCGCCCUGGUGACGGUCCUGCUUUCCCUCCCACGCUAUGUCAUACAGGGCCUGGGGGAGGGCCUGGGGGUGGGCCUGAGCCAGCAUGCUGUCCAGUGGGUGGGCUGGGAUGUGGCAGUGGGCGUGGCCACCAUGAUGCAGUGGAUCAGCCUUGUCAUCCACUUCCUGCUGUACUGCUUCCUGUCGUCUGGGUUUCGCAGAGAAACACUGACCCUCCUGAGGUGCUUUUAUCAAAGCCUGAGGAAGCCCGCCAUUCUUUGGAGGUGCUGCUUCCCCUCACGGCCACCCCAAACACUACCCUGCCAAGUCUGGCUGGUACAGGACGUUCUCCAGGAGAGGAGGACUUCCUAGAGAAAAGCUAUCACAAGGAAACAGGCAGGGGUGUAUAAAUAAAGGGAGCACUAAGCAAUGAACAGCACAACCAAUUUAUUGGGAAAAGCUUGUGAGUCCCACGUACAAAUUAAUGCAUUCUCAUGUAAUUUAUCCUGCUAACGCUCUGAAACGGUCCAUUUAGAAGACGCGCUAUUCGUCCACUAGGUGGAGGUAUCGCGUCAAUGUUCAUCGAAUGUUCGGCGUUACUGGGCGGCACAGGCGCAGGAUCGCGAAGGCGCAACUGGCGGCAGCGGCGGUAUGGUAUUAAAACGGUCCUUGUAAAUCAAGCUGCUUUCUUUCUGAUUAUGUCCGUGUUUUAUGUUUCUAAAGGUAUAGUAGUUACGUAUUACAAGUUAAUUUAAUCUUGAAAUCCAUGGCAGGUUAAGGACAUUAAAAUGUAGAGAUGUUCUUUGAAUAAAGAAAUAUACGCCUAUCAUUGUGUGUUUAAAACCAUUUUGAAGUGUUGCUUGCUUAGCCAAUAAAAUACACGAUGGUAUACGGUACCCUUGGUAUAACCAGCUGUCCCAACACCCGCUGCCUUACGUCCUCCAAAUUAGCUUGUCAUUAGGUCAAUGUCCCUGACAGUACUUUUUUCCAUAUAUCAUGAUGGCAAACGAACUUCCCAAAUCAGAUCUAUGACCCGCCUGUCCAAAAUUCUCCAACAUCUUACCGUGUGCUCGUCGGACGGAUGCUGAAGACCCCAGUCCGCUUACAGAACUCCGAACUGA